CUCUUCAAGCCGACUUAAUGUUGAUCUAGUGGAGUUUUGUGGAGUCGGGUUGCUCCCAUGUUGUCAAUUUUGAUCUAGUCAAACUUGCCCCACUUAAUGUCUGCAAGCUGGCAGCUACCCCAUGGUCAAUACUCAAUACAGUAGCCCGACUCAGCUUUUCCCAGGGAGCCCAUGAACUCAUGAAGUGCACAGCACAACAGCGGUCGAUCCGGACUCUACCCCUCCCGCUUCUUUCCUCGACGUGGCCAGCUUCCAUCCAAGUGAAGGGAACCUUUUUUGGAGAGGCAGAUGGAAGAACACGUCCUCAACCAAAAGGCAAGCAGUUCGUGCUACCUCGCGACGGUGCUGGUGUUUGCUGUAGCGGAGCAAGGGCGGCCAGAGAAGCUAGUGUCCGGCGGAAGCUCGACCAACUACUGAAUAUACUUCUUCUAAGCUAGAAACCACCAUUAAUGGCGGAAACCAAGGGAGCUCUCCAUCGGCAUAUCCAGGUCGCGUCGGCCGAGUCGUCGUGGAUGCUCGAACGGCGACCGACCGGGUGGGGGAGUGACCUACAGUUGGCCGGCGAUGACGAUGGCCGUGUGGUGAUGCUCUGGCGGCGGCGAUGCUCCGGCGGCGGCGGCAAAACAGAGCAAAAUCCAGAUACCCUAGAUCUUGAUCCUCAUUUUUCCUCUUUUUUCCUGAAAUCGGUUCAUCCGGUAUCAAUUUCUUGUUGAAAAUCAGUCCUCUGCCUCAUAUUUUUUUGUAGAAAAAUCAAGAACACGCUAAACUUUUUGAACUGAUUCCCACAGACGGCGCCAGUGUUGAGUUUAAUCCAACACGAUAUAGUAAAUAUAUGUAUAAAUGUGUAUGAACAAGCUCAGUUUUUACGUGGAAACCCGAAAGGGAGAAAACCACGGGACUUUUUAGGCUAAUGUCCAAGCUCCCUCUUUCUCAUUAGGACUCUCCUCACCAUUACAUAGUACAUUUUGAGCUUCCAUUAAUGGAGUCUUGUAAGCUAACUAAGAAGGAGGGAGAAGAAGAAGGGAUCCUUUUACAUGGAGGGAAACCUCCUAUUUAUAGAGAAUAGGGGAAGGGGAUGCUCUCCACCCUAAUGGGCCGCAUGGGCCGGAGUGGGCCCAAAGGGCUAAAGUGAGCCGGAUGGGCCGAAAUGGGCCUAACUGCUCGGGCUCCGUACUGGGUUAUGUCUUGGGAUCCUGAACAGUAACAGACCGUGAUAAUAUAUCCCAACAGUUUUCAUGAAUUUAAGGUCUUACGCCAUCUCAGGGCAUUUGUUGAUAGGAGGUUUGACUUGCGGAAGACUAAUUUUUUGAGUGGGAGUGUUUUUUAUUGAGUUUUUGAUGUGGUGGUUGCGUUGGGCAAACGACGUUAAAAAUAGCAAUUCUUGGGAGGCAACCCAAGCUUAUUUCUCCACUUUUGUCUUUGUUUGUUUGCUUUUCAGAAAACCCCCGAAAAAAAACCCGGAGUGUUUUCGGUUUGUGUUUUUGUGUUUGUGUGUUUUGUUUGUGCAGCACAGGUCUUGCUUUGGGGAUGAUGUGCUAAGAAUCACUUGACUCAGUUUAGUUCUGCACCGAUCAACGCCUUAGGAAAGUUUAUGUGACUCUUAUAAUCGCCUGUUUGUAAUAAUUAACUUUAGUUAAGUUGAGCACGCGUGACCCUUUCCUCUUUACCCCUUGUGCAUAGUGCAUUUUUUGUCAUCGAGGGCGAUGCCAAAGUUUAAGUGUGGGGGAGUGAAUUGGGUAUUCGGGCAGUAGUUGUUACAUGUGAUUAUUAGAGUUAGAAUGCACAGGUGUUAGUUGUAUAUUCAUAGAAAAGUCAGGUCGCAAUUUUUGAAAAUUUUUCUUUAAACUUUGUCUUUGUAAAUGCGGACGUCUCUCUCUAGGGUUAGGCUCCUUGGCCGCCUAGUGUAGCUUUUCCCUUCCCAAUUCGUUUCGGUUCAGCUUUGGCAGAAAAGUUGGUACGGAAACGGAGGUGAUGCAAACUGUUUUCUUGGGUGCUUUCGACAAGUGCAGGGGCAGCAAUCUUGCUCUUUUUCUUGUUCGAGUUGCUCUUUGUUGUGUGCGACGAAGGCCUAGUUUUCGGAUGAGAUCUGUUAUCUGCUUCGGCGAAGCGGGAAGGCAGAUGGAGGCUUCAAACAGCUGGGCAACGGAGGAAAAAACAACUAGUUUUGCUAUGAGAACGGGACAAGGAGGAAUGAACGGGCUUCGUGUAUUCAACAUUUUGAUCGUCAAUGGAGAAUCAAUUGGUGUGGUACCGAUGGUAUGGCCCCCUCAAGAACCACCGCCAAGGGUUGAUCGACGCAAUUUGGAGUUUGCUUAUUUAUCUUUUCUGCAUUUCAAUUUUCAGGUUAAGACGUUUGUUUUUUGUUGUUAUUUUAUUUUAUGUUGUAGGACUCUUGCAUUAGGUUUGGGGAAUGAGAGGUCUACGGUAAUCAUCAUUGGCUGUAUGUUGCCCAAUUUAGGUCUAGCGAGUUAUAUUGCUUUGUCAAAGGUGAUAAACUCAGAGUCUCGGCCAAGGGCGGAUGGUUACAUGUGGUUCUUUUGUUAUCAUGUACCCCUGUUGAAUGCUAUUUUAUUAAUCUAAAGCCAC